GGGUGACGUAUUGGUUCAGGCUUCAAAAUACAACCUUGUUCUUCUAUACACGGAAGAAUGGCAGCGCUGUGCAGUCAGUACGAGAGGUCCAGAGAGUUGACAGCAAGCGCUUUAUGUUUGAGAUCUUCAUGACCAAUGGAAAGAGGAAAUUGUUGGCUGCAGAGACCGCAGCUCUCAGAAAAGAGUGGGUAGGACUCUUAUGGCAAGCCAUGAAUCUUUCUACCUCUGUGGUUUCAGACUCCAGAAGCACACAGCAUGAAGUGUGUGAGCAGCGAGGGCGGUUAAACAGCAGCACACCCAUCUCCUCAUACAGUGACUGUGUAACGGAGUUGAUGCCUGCUCGGCCCCUCUCUGCCCCUGCCCCUACAGGCCACGUCCACCACAAGACCAAGAACAUUGCCUCCCCAAUCUGCCUGUCUGAGGAGCCAGAAGGUGAAGAGGCAGUGCAGCAAAACACACUUCCAGUCUGUGACAGUCCACAAUGGUCCGGUGGGUUAAGCAACGCAGAAGGCAGACAAGAAGGCGACUAUGACAUUUUACCACUUAGAACCAAGGUUUGUGAGAACAACGCUUCAACAGAGACGGACGAGGGCGUGUAUGACUUUCCUCUCUCUUACAGGAGGGCUGCUGAACAUCCAAGUAAGAACCCCACAGAGAGCAUCUAUGAUGUACCGAGCUCUCUUUUGAGAAGGAUGCCUGAUCACACUUUAGAGGAGCAGCCGGAAGACGAGGUUUACUGGAGCAUAUGAGGUCCAGUUUGAGGACACAAGUGGCAGUCUGGAGGGUAGCGGUAACUCACCAUACAUGUAACUUUUGGACCAGACACAAAAGACUGUCGCCGUCUAAUAUGUAUAGCUUUGUGUUUAAUUAUCUAACUGGUUUGAGUGAAACAAACAGACGUAAUGAGUGCAAAUAUUGUUUGUCACAUUUGUUAAACUUUUACAUGCUAGACAACGUCAAAAACCACAAAACAUACGUAGGGUUCAACUGUGCUAUUUAUUUUAGCUCCCUCUAUACAAGACCAAGAACAACUUAGUAAUUUAUAACUACAGAGAACACGCUGUACACAAAUGUCAACAAAUACGCACUGUGGGUCUGUCACACUAUGGUU